AUGGACAUAAAGGUUGACGUCGAAGUGUAUGAUAAAUUUAACGGGCUAAAGUCGAAAUACAAUAUGGAAAGCUCGUCUGACAACGCAUUUUUACUGCAUAUCCUGGAUCACAUGGACAAAUGCAACCACGAGGAAAACAGAAUGGAUGUCACAUCACCAGUGGAUGUCAAGGUAGAUAUGGACACUGAAAGUCAGCUGAAAAAGCGUUUCUGUCCUGAGUGCAAAUAUUCAACGGGUUCUCCAGCUGACCUCUGUGAGCAUUUCGAAUCUGUGCAUCCUGGGAAUGGCAGUUUUUCUUGCACAUGUGGCGACCAAUACUGUCGAUUGCCGGAUUUCUUACAACACUAUGUUGAUUGCCCCGUAGCGGCCACCGACUUGCAGGAUACCACGGUGGAUGUUCAAGGGAGGAUCAGCAGUUCGCUGCAACACACCAGGCUGAAAUUGGAUUUAUUGGACGAUAACUCAACCACUACAGAAACCUAUCACUCCUAUCACCAUCCUUCUGUUGCCCCAGUCCCAGGUCCCUCAAAAGAGAAGCCCUACGGGUGCCCGAAAUGUUUUAAAGGGUUCAAGAGCAAAUCGUUACUUGAUCAGCAUAUGCAUCUCCACUACCCUCCCCGUUAUAAGUGCAGAUGGUGUGCAAAUGUAUAUAGAUGGCCUCCUGCUUACUAUCAUCAUAAGCAAAAAUGCAAAAAACGGCCAACCCAUGGUAACACUGUGGGUUCCAACUCCUAUGCUUCUUCACCUGGAAAGUGCUCACCAGAAAAUACUGACGAUGCGGAUGUUCAAAACGGAAAUUUCACAAUAGCACAAAAAGCGCUGGCGCAUUUCAUCAACCUACAUACUUUAGCGUUCCCACAGACCGAUAAGCUGGACAUCCCUCCGUUCGCUCCACUAAAUGGGCAGUUUCCAUCUUGCCAGCCGACAUGCGUUUGCAGCGAAGUUUUUCCCACCAUUCCAAAGUAUUUUGAGCAUGUGAAGUCAUGUCCCCGAAUGCUUACUGCUUCAAGCGCUCUUAGUGGGGUUUCGCCAGUUCUUUUCCCUGCAGCCUUGGGGGUUGAUUUCUCGACAAAUUUAGCUUCUGAACGCUCGGAGCAGGAUGCCCCAGCGGAGGAUCUUUCCCUGUCCAAAGAAACGUGUGUAUACAACCAUUCGGCCCCCGCAGGGAUUUUCUCUUGUUCGAUUUGUAGCAAGGACUUCAACUCAAAAUUAUCAUUAAAGCAGCAUGUUGAUGGAAAACAUCGAGCUGAAGGCAAGUAUCUGUGUCCUACUUGUGGAAAGAGAUACCGCUGGGGAGCUUCGUUUUAUUAUCAUAAGAAGACUUGCAUUGCCCCUGGGGUGGCUUCUGCGAUGGCUGCUCAGACUCCUGAGCUGUUAGCAACACAUACUUAG